AUGGAUGUCCCUACUGAACAAAACCAAGAGGCACAACCUACCCAGAAGGAUCUGUGGGAUGUUGUUUUAGCCUUUGAAAAAAGAAUCACUGAAAAAAAUGCUGAAAUCAAGGAAAUCAUUAGUAAGAGGGAUAAGAAACAAAAAGGUGGUGGAGUAGAUUCACCAGCUGACAAUAUGAGCUCACCUGUUGAAGGCUCUUUGAGUAUUGCAAAGUCCGAACUUGUUACGCUUAAAAAUGGCUGUGAGAGGGCUAAAAAAAAGUUAGAAGCUGCAAAAAUAGAGCAAGACAAGGGCGGACCAACCAACAGAGGGAGCGAGGGGACUGGCGGUUGUAGGGGGGGCGGUGGAAGGGGCAAGGAAAUUGAUACAGAGCCGGGGGAGGUGGACAAGGAGUGUGAAGGAAUAGCUGAUAAUGUAAGCCAGGCUCAUGAGGUGGAGACAAGGGAAAGAGCGGACAAGGGCAACAAACACCACAAUCUAGACCAAAGUCAAGACAGUCAAGCAGAACAGCAAAGCAAAGUAGAGCAUCCUGACCUUCCAGCAAAGUUGGCAAAAGCUGAAGCGGAGCUUGAAAGGAUGAGAAAGAAGGUGUUGAAAAAAAAGAGAGGACUGAACAAAGAUUCCAAUGGCAAGGGAGACAAUGAAGACGUUAGAAAAGGUCUGAAGAAAAAGUUCAAAAAGGACGGGACCUACACACCUCGAAAGGACGAGACCCCCAAAGGCCAUCCCACUUCAGGUUGGAGCCAAUGGUGUUCCAUAGAAAACCUGAUGAUCACUUACCAAUUUAGAAACUGGUGGGAAUUUUCAAAAUUGCAGUGGUUUCAAGUAAUGCUGCAAUGCCUGCUUGGCCAACUUGAAUUGUAUUAUCAGAUCAAGGAUUAUCUGUAG